CAACAGCAGCUGAGUUGGAGCACCAAACAUGCUGAUGCUGGCAGCUCUUAUGGCCACAAAUGUGUGGUUUUACGGAUUUGCACAGGAAAUUCCUAUACAGAGUCCUAUAUCCAUCACCAGGUUCCAGAAAAGUGCACGUAUGUUCUGUGAAAUGAAGAAAUUACCAGGACGUUUUGAUAGCACUGUCAUACACUGGUAUCAACAAAAGGAGAAUAAACCUCCAGAGAGGCUACUCUUCUUUGCAGGAGGGAAGACUACAGUUGAAAGUGGCUUUCAAGGGAACAAGUACAUGGUUGAUAAAGUUUCUAGUCGGAAUCUGUGUAUUCUUACAAUAAACAAUGUAAGUCCAGAUGAUGCUGCUACUUACUACUGUGCCUACUGGGACCCUCACUUUGGAUAUUACUACAAAGUUUUCGGCACUGGUACAAAGCUCAUUGUAUCAGACAAAGGAAAUUCUGGACCAGAGAAUUCUGAAAUCCUGCAGAAGGAGCACAAAAACCAACUCGUGUAUGUUUGUCUGUUUGAGAAAUUCUACCCAGAAGUUGUUCGGGUGAAAUGGAUGGAUGAAGCACAAAAGGAGGUAACACAGAACGUAGUAAAAGGAGAUGUCUGGAAGUUUCCAGGUGAGGAGAAGUACUCAGUCAGCUCCUGGUUAUCUGUACCACUGGAGGACAAAAACAAGAAAUAUUCUUGCCAUUUUGAGCAUGAAAGUGGAAUCUAUUCACUGCUCACACAUGUGAGCUCUCCUGAGAAGCAGGACUGUGACAUUGAAUCUAGAAACAGCACAGUUUUUAACAGAGAUCACUUGACGCACAAGGCAGCGCAGUUGGUGUACGUUGUUCUGCUUCUGAAGAGCUCCAUGUACUAUGUCAUAGUACUCUUCUUCUUCUUCAAGUACAGAGCAAGGAAUGCAGCCAAGCCCUCGGGAAAGAGAACGUAAAUACUGGGUUUGGAAAGGUUUAUAAGAUUGUCUUCAAUUUGCUUUGCUGUAUAAUUAUCCACAUAGGUUCUCCUGCUCUCCAUGCUAGAUACAACAACAAAAACAAUCCUAAGAGAACAGGCAUAUAGGGUUUGCUGUGCUUUACUGCUAGUGUUUUCCUAAUUUUUUCUGAGUAUUGAACUGAGGUGGAGGUGAGCAAAAAAAAUAAGUUUACAUGGGGUUUUAGUAGGAACUCUGUAAUGCAACAUGAGGAACCUCCUCCUGCUUAAAGUAUUUUUGCAUGCAUAGGAGUAGAGGUGUAAUGGAGCUUUCAAAACAUAAAACAUUGAUGCAUUUUAUCAAUGCAUUUUAGGAUCAGUUAGGAGCAUUCCACUGCUGAAAACGCAUCGAUGCUUUUUUUUAUUAUUAUUAUUUUUUACUUUCAAUGAUUUAUUGCAAAAAAUAAAUCAAGUCCACCAAAGCAGGACUUGAAUAUUCUGAAGUGAUAAAUGCUUUAAAAGACUCAGCAAGGCAUGAUUUUUGAAAGCAAAGAUAUUAUCUUUUAGCAAGUUUAAUGACCAUAAAAGCAAUUUUAACAUGCAUAUCUAUAGAAAUUUAAGAAAUUCACCAGGCCACAGGUAGCACUGCUGCACAAACUGAAAACUUGCGUAUGGUAUCUUCAAAGGUACAAAACGAUCGCAGUUAUCACCUUGUUUAGAGAAAUCUUUUCAAACUCAGCAAAACCUUACAGCUGGUGCUUCAAUAGAGAAAGUGUUCUCACAUCACAAGAGAACUCUCAGAUGCUGUACUUCGAACUCCUCAUCUCCAGGUUUUGCUAAUGUAGAGCUUGUACAAGUUUGGAGAGGAAUGCCUGCACCAAACCUGUAAAGAUGUAGAGCAAUAAAGGCUUCCCUUGAGA